UGAAAUUGAAAUUGUGUUCUCGAUAUAAAAAAUAGAUUGAUUUUCAAUUCACAGUUUGUUUUUUCUAUUAUCGACAAUCAUGAUCAACGAUUGAUAUUGAUUGAUUGAUUUUCUUAUCAUCCAUAUUGAGUGUUUAGCAUUGUGAAUAAAUCAUCCAACGACAACAUCAUUAUUAAUCAGACACCGAAAAAUAUUGCGAAGCAGAAAUUGAGAGAUGGAAUCCAAUAUAUUUCAGAUUCGAAAUCAAUAUAAACAUCAUCAUCAUGAUCAACAACAACAACAGCAGAAAUUACACGAUAAUCAUCGUAAGCAGCGUCAACCACAUCAACAAUCAUCGAAAAUGUUUCGUAAAUCAAAUUUAUCGAUUCAGAAAAAUAUUUCCGGUAAAUCCGAUUCGAAUACACAACAGCAACAACGCACGGAAAUGAAUACUCAUCAACAGCAACAAUCGAAAAAAUUAGAAAAUGAAUCAAUAACCAUUAUGAAUAAUAAUAACAAUAAUGAUUCAAUGGAUGCAUCAUCAUUCUAUCAUGAAUUAAAUAUCGAUCCAGAUCAACAACAAGAAUCAUUAUUACAACGACAAUAUAAUCUAUAUCGCUAUUAUCUGAGUCAAUAUCCGGAAUUAUUUCAAGAAUAUUUCCGACAAUUACGACAACAACAACAAGCAGAAUCGGAUAAAGAAUCAUCCCAACAACCAAUUAUCGUUGAACCACAAAUACCACAACCGUCUCAGAUUGAUGAUAAAACAUAUCAGAUUCAAAAAUUGAUUAAUAAUGCUGGUGAUAAUGAAAAUGUUAAAGAAACAACAAAAACAACAACAAAUUGUUGUCGUUUAUUUUGUCGUUGUUCAAAAUGCUGUCCCACAACAAGUGACUCAAGUUGGUCAGAUCAAUAUCAACAACAACAACAAUCGAUCAAUGAUGGUGAUUCGCAACAAAAACAACAUAAUAAUGCAUUAUAUUAUCUGAAUGCGAAUGAUUUACUUGAAGAUGAACGUUAUGAACAUUUAUCGCGUGUUAUAACACCACCAAAUGCAUUUCUUAACUCAAAACGAAACAACAAUAGCAAAUCAAAUUCAAUGAAAAAUGAUUAUGCUAAAAAUCAAAUCGAAAUUAUUGACGGUAAUGGUUAUAACUUUUAUACAAAUGCCAAUAUUGUCAAUGAUGAUCAAUCUCAACAACAACAGCAACAAUCAUUAUUGAAUACACGAUUCUAUUCGGAUAAACGAACGCAGACUGAUUCAGAAGAAUUAGUCAAUAAUGGACUAUUGCAAUCAAAAUCCAAACCUGAUACAGAAUCGAUGGAAUUAUCUUAUCAAAAAGUUAAUCAUCUAAGUCGAAAUCUUAAAAAACAAUUAUCAUUGAUUGAUACUAAAUCCAAUCAACAACAACAACAAUUGCAUCAUCAAUUAUCUGAACCAUUAAAAAAUCAUUAUAAUCAGCAGUCGAAACAACAACAUGGACUUGAUGAUCAUAUCUAUUAUACAAUACAUGAUUCGAAUCGAAACAAUUCAAAUAUUGUCUAUCCAUCUUUAUCAACAUCAUCAACGUCAUCAUCAUCAGCAACGAAACAAAUGAAUAAAAUCAAAAAUGGCAAUCAAAUCAUUGCAAACGAUAAAAUGGCAAAUGAUAAUAAUGCCAGUGCUAGCAAAAGUUUCUGGAAUCGUGUAUCAUCAUCAAAAUCAUCAUCCGAUAAACAAUUGAAUAAAUUGAAUGAAAAUGCAAAAAAGUCAACUGAUCAACAACAACCGCAUCAACAACAAAAACUAAAAAAUUACAUUCAAGCUAUGUAUUUGGAACAGGAUAAAUUGCCCGAAAUUCAUUCGAAUACGAAUAAUAAUAACACUAAUGAUGAUCUGAUACAAUGGUCAUUAAUGGCUGGUGAUGAUUUUGAUGAUGAUAUUUUUGAAAUGAAUAAACAACCAAUAGUUGAACAUCGUAUUGCCACAACUAAAAAUGGUAUACCAUGUUCCUGUGAACGAUGUCGUGAAUCACGCGGAAUGAAUUUAACCACCGAACUAUUACCGAUCGAUACGCAGAUACCAUUACAAACAAUGGACAACAUGGAUUCAUUUUUUCAGGAUAGUUCAAUGACUGAAUUGAUUUGUAUGAUACAAUAAAUAAAGUUAUGAUUA